CUCAGCUCUCUCUCUCUCUGUGUGUCAGUCUCUCCCUCUCUCCAUGAUAUGCCGUAGUCAGUGAGGACAGCCAAGAACCCGCACCCUCUCCUCUUGCUCUUUCAAAGGCUCAUUAGGCGUCCUGCUUCGUUUUAUGGAAAGAGUGGGGGAAUUACGACCCAGAAGAUUUUAACAGAUAUAUUUGGAGACGUUUCUCUGCAUAAGCAAACUGACUGCCAAACCUGAAUUGCCAGCAGGGAGAGCGACCGAACAGCUAAGCAGCUGCCGUCAGUUUCAGCCUGCCUGUGGUGCAGGUUUUUCAGGUCACACACACCUGCCUGUCACACACACACACACACACACACACACACACACACACACGCAUAAAGGUGCUGUUUGAGGUAACCGCCUGCACAGGUACUUAAACAUUCACCCGGGACCUCGGCUACUUAAAGAAGAUCCGGUUGCUUCCCAGCUUGCUAUUGCCAUCAAACCUGUGCAGAGAGAAGAUGUCCACGGAAACAGCUGUCAGCCCCACAGAAGAACAGUUGGAGAUUUUGGAGUAUAACUUCAACAAAGUGAACAAGCACCCUGACCCAACCACCCUUUGCCUUAUUGCUGCUGAGGCAGGGCUGACCGAGGAAGAGACGCUGAAAUGGUUCAAGAAGCGCCUGGCGGAGUGGAGGAAAUCGGAAGGGCUCCCUUCAGAGAGCGGGUCUGUCAGAGAUUGACUUGAACUUUCCCUGGAAAACCAGUGAUUCCUUUUGCUGUGGAACACCACGUUGCUGUAAAACUCAUUUUUCCCCUUGUUAUUUAACCUGCUGCCUUAUUUAAAAUGUACAUAACCUGAUAGGGGGAAUAACUGUAUGAAAUCAUAUAUGCUGGUUAUAAUGUAAUAUUUUACAACAAAAAAAGGAUAAAGUAAAUCCCACUGAUGACAGCUACUUUUGCAAUGGCAUGGAGGGUUGGAUGUGGUUAAGAAUAAUAACGACAUUGCCCUGAAUUCCUGGCAAAACCAACCUGAAUGAGCAGACUGGGUGAUAUAUAUGCAUUUUCAGU